AAGUCUCUUUUCACCAGCCAUGAGUAGACAACCCACGUUAGCCGAAAGUGUAGGUAAUAUACCUCCUAUUGCCCGAUUUUUCACCGUGUCCACUUUGUCGGUAUGUAUGCUCAUCUCAUUGGGUAUAAUAGACCCACAGCAGAUGAUUUUCCACCCACUGAUAUACAUUGAAGAAUUCGAGUACACCAAGGCAGUAUUUACAAUGGGAACUUGGACUGAAGCGGUUAAGCUGGUCCUAUUACUUGUGUUUGAAUGCUACAGGUGCUUUACCUCUUUCUUGGUGCCAGCCGGAUUUUUGGACGGGAAUCGAAUGGGCGCUGUGCUUGACAUCUACUUUUUCUAUAAGUUUGCCAACAACGUGGAGAUAGGCAAGUUCAAAGGAAACUUCCCAGAUUGUCUUUGGUUCACGUUGAUUUGUGGAACGUCUAUAUUGACCAUGACGGUGGGAUACUAUUUCUACGACCCAACUCGUAUUACUAGACACCACGAGCUGAUGUUGCUUUGCAUCACCUACAUUUGGGCUCGUGGCCAGAAGAACUCCAUUGUUAAUUUCCUUGGAAUCGUUCCUAUCAAGGCGUACUACCUUCCGAUGUUCACGUUGUUCAUCAAGGCAGUUGUUCACGGUUAUGACGGCUUGGUAGACUCAAGUAUGGGCAUUGCCGGUGGAUAUUUAUACCAGUGUCUCCAAUCAAGUACAGCUCCAAUUUAUAACUUGUUUCCUCAGUUCUACAGAAAGUUCUAUUCGUCGUCUAUCUAUUCCAGAAACAGGGUGGGAACUAACCAAGUAUCGUUGGCAGAUGACUUUAUCAACGACACAGUUUUCGACAGAGGAUACUUACCUGCUCCUUCGUGGGUAUACCUGAUUCUCAAGUAUCCUGUUGACAGAAGUUCUAAAAGAAUCACUGCGUUUGGAAAGCCUAUCGAACCUGUUAGAUCAGACUUGAAGUCAGAAGCCUCGGCUACUACCACAGGCUCCUACUUCAAAGGACGGGGGUUUAGACUAGGGUCGUAAAGAGCCCUGCUGUUUGAAAUACAUUAAAUAUGAUACAUAUUGAACAUUAGGCUGAAUUCUAUGUUUAACAUCAAAAUACCCCUAUCAUUUCACUUGUAAACGCUUUUGGUACAAUUCAAUCUCCGGGCACUUUGGCUCUAUUGUUGGACCCCUUC